AUGGAGAAAACGUGUGCAGAUGCCCUCCCUCUGACUGUGAAUUCCUCAGAAAAACAAGAGACUGUCUGCAUCUUUGGAACAGGGGAUUUUGGAAAAUCCUUUGGAUUUAAAAUGCUUCAGUGUGGUUAUUCUGUUGUUUUGGGGAGUCGAAAUCCCCAGAUGUCCAGCCUUCUGCCCAGGGGAGCAGAGGUCUUAAGCUAUUCCCAGGCAGCAUCGAAGUCUGACAUCAUAAUCUUGGCCAUUCACAGAGAGCAUUAUGAUUUCCUCACAGAACUGGUUGACCCUCUCAAUGGAAAAAUAUUGGUAGAUGUCAGCAACAACCGUAAAAUCAAUCAGUAUCCAGAGUCGAAUGCAGAGUACCUUGCUCAGUUGGUGCCUGGAGCCCAUGUGGUCAAAGCAUUUAACACCAUCUCAGCCUGGGCUCUCCAGUCAGGAACACUGGAUGCAAGUCGGCAGGUGUUUGUCUGUGGGAAUGAUAGCAAAGCCAAGCACAGAGUGAUGGACAUUGCUCGUACCCUUGGACUCACUCCAUUGGAUCAAGGAUCUCUUGUGGCAGCCAAUGAAAUUGAGAACUACCCUCUGCAACUAUUUCCAAUGUGGAGGCUCCCUUUCUACUUGUGCUCUGUGCUGUGUGCCUUCUUCUUUGUGUACUGUGCUAUACGAGAAGUGAUAUACCCCUACGUGAAUGGAAAGACAGAUACUACGUUUCGCCUGGCUAUUUCCAUCCCAAACCGUGUCUUUCCUAUAACAGCACUUGUCCUUCUUGCUUUGGUGUACCUCCCUGGUGUCCUUGCUGCCAUUCUGCAGCUCUACCGAGGUACAAAGUACCGCCGAUUCCCAAACUGGCUUGACCAUUGGAUGCUGUGCAGAAAGCAGCUAGGCUUGGUAGCUCUGGGAUUUGCCUUCCUUCAUGUCAUCUACACACUUGUGAUUCCUAUUCGUUACUAUGUACGAUGGAGACUGAGAAAUGCAACCGUUACUCAGGCCCUGGCUAAUAAAGACAACCCAUUUAGUACCUCUACCGCCUGGCUUAAUGAUUCUUACUUGGCGCUGGGAAUCCUGGGAUUUUUUCUGUUUCUUCUCUUGGGAAUCACUUCCGUGCCAUCAGUAAGCAACAUGGUCAACUGGAGAGAGUUCAGGUUUGUCCAGUCCAAACUGGGUUAUCUGACCCUGGUCUUGUGCACAGCCCACACUUUGGUGUAUGGUGGAAAGAAAUUCCUCAGCCCUGGGAUCCUAAGGUGGAGCCUUCCUUCAGCCUAUAUCUUAGCCCUCAUCAUCCCGUGCACAGUGCUGGUGAUGAAACUCAUCCUCAUAAUGCCAUGCGUAGACAAGACCCUCACGCGCAUCCGUCAGGGCUGGGAGAGGGACUCACAAUACUCAAAAUCAGCACUGAAUGGAAAAUCAGACAUUUAG